GCGUUUGGAUAUCAGUAGUUGCAGAAAUCAGAAGUCAAAAACAAUAACUUUUUACUUAACAGAAAGUUAAUUUUUUUAUUUGUAGAAAUCAUUUUGAAGGGAUGCUGUGUACCCAAACUAGUUUCCGACAUUUUACUUCCGGAAGUCAAAACGGAAUUUAUGGAUGUUUAUCAUACAGCCCCUUCCAUGUUAUAAAAAAAAUCCUUUCUUCUCCGUCUCCGUUAAUUCCACGCUCCACAGUUUAACAACUGUUUUCUCAAUCUCUCAAUCUCUCUCCUGGGUAUGUACUUUUCUUUACUUACAUUUAAUAAAAACAGGCAGGUAGGUAACGCUUCCCCACCUAACGAUAUAACCCCAUUUCUUCUCUUAUCUUCUUCUUCUUCUUCUUCUCAAAGUCAUAUCAUCCUUCUUCCACCAAAACACUACAACACAGCAACAACCAAAUUAACUAACAGAAAAUUCAGUGAUUCAACAAUCGUAUACAUUUCUCAGUCUAACUGUUAAAAACCUCGUGUUUUGAUACCCUUUUCUUUCUCAAGUGUCAACUUUAAAUGGGAUACCUUUCUUGUAAUGCUGAAUCAGCAAUCUUAACUUCAAAUUCCACCACAAAAAACAAACCCACCAAGAAAAAAGAAGAAGAAGAAUCAAAACUAGAAAAACCCAUUAAGUACGAAGAAUUCCAGUACAAAGACCUCCAACUAGCAACCAACAAUUUCUCUGAACAGAAAAUACUGGGCAAGGGUAGUCAUGGCUGUGUCUACAAAGCUGUUCUUCGCAAUGGUCGUUUAGUUGCUGUUAAAAAACCAUCUCGUUCUUCUUCAUCUCUUAGCUUGACAUCUAAUAAUAAUUCAGAUAGUAAAAAUGAAGUUGAUAACGAAAUUGAUAUUCUUUCGAAGAUCCAGAGCCCACGUCUUGUGAAUUUACUUGGUUUUACUACUGAUGAUUCUAUAGACCGUUUGUUAGUCGUUGAGUUCAUGAGUAAUGGAACCCUUUAUGAAGUACUUCAUUCUAAUGCUCGCCCAGUACCGAAUUGGUCUCGAAGAAUUAGACUUGCUCUUCAAACAGCUAAAGCCAUUGAUACACUUCAUACAUUGCAUCCUCCUGUAAUUCAUAGAGAUAUUAAAUCAGCGAACAUAUUGAUUGAUAGACAUUUUGGUGCUCGUCUUGGUGAUUUUGGUUUAGCUCUGCGGUGUCAUGUCGAUGAUUUUCGGCUGAGAUCUACUCCUCCUGCAGGUACAAUUGGUUAUCUUGAUCCUGGUUAUUUAACUCCUGAUAAUUUAAGUACUAAAACAGAUGUAUUUAGUUUUGGAAUUCUUUUAUUGGAAAUCAUUAGUGGUAGGAAAGCAAUUGAUGUUGGGCAUUCACCGCCUUCCAUUGUGGAUUGGGCAAUUCCACUUCUUAGAAAAGGGAAGUUGAUUAACAUCUAUGAUCCCAGAAUUGUGCCACCAAAAGACCCUUUUGUGAGGAAGCAAUUGGUUUUAAUUGCUUCAAAAUGUGUAAGGUCAUGUAGAGAAAGAAGACCUUCAAUGAGAGAUGUGGUUGAGGGUCUUACAGUUUUGAGUAAAUUGGUCCCCAUUCAUGCGUGGAAUGGAUUUUCGGUUAGUAAUCCGUGUAUGAUGGUAGAUGACAUUGUUGGUCCGGCUGUUGAAUCUAGAAACAAUGCCAACUUGAUUUCUAGGACAAGACGUGGAGAAAGAGGAGGAAAUGUGGUGGAUGAUGGGCAUUUGGGUGUUCAUGUUGCUUCACCAAUGGGACAUUCCAGGAGAGUGCAGUCUGAUUUAGGAUUAAGAAGAGGUAUUGUUGGUAGAAACAAUUUGAAAGAACUCUUGGAAGAGAAGGAUGAUACAGAGUCUGAUGUUGGAGGAACGAAUAAUGAAGUGGUCGAACGUGUUCUUUCCAGACUUAGAACUUAUAGUCUCAGAGUUGGAAGCGGGAGAGAGCCAAGUACCAAGUCUCUAGAUCAUGAUGUCGAUAAAAAUGGUGUCCUUCAAUCCAAGAAAAACCAAUCCGUCCGGGGAAUGUUUACUACAAAGUCCUUUCGACAUGAUAUUUUGGGCUGUUCAACCGGUGGAACAUUGCCUAUUCAAGCUUCGGAUCCAGUCUAGUUGUUCCUUGCCAGUAAUCGAGGUUUUCAUUUGGGUCUUUUAGCAAUUUCGUGCACCACGAGCAAAAGCUUAAGCCUGCAACACAAUCUGUCCAGCGGAUUAUCCAGCUACGGCAUGAAGUAAGUUAUUCACAGCUUCUUCUGUGUAGUUCAAUUAAGACAGGCUUCUUUGGAUCUUUAUAGUGCUGUAGUUAUGUUGUUGAUGUUGUUAUGGCAUUAGAUGUAAGUUUAGGUUGAAGAAAGGUGCAUGGCUCAUGUUCCUUUUUGUUAUACGCAUUAUAAAGAAAAGCUGAUUCUUUAUGUAUGUUUGAAGUUUGAACUACACGAUUACAAGAAUUUAGAAAGUGAGAAUAUACUGAAUUCAAAUUUGUUCAACUUUUGCUAGAAAUGUUAUCUUGUGUUUGUGCAA